AUGGCCAGCAACAACAAGGGCGACGACGGUUUCAACAGAGCGAAUGCCAAUUUCAGAGGAUCAAUGCCCUCGAGCCUGCUCGCAGGAUCAAAUCAGAGGCUGGUGUCACUGAAAUUUGGGACGAAAAUGAUGAGCAGUAGAGGUAUGCACGGAGCUGUAUUCCCAGGUUGUCCAGAGACAUUCCAAUCAUCAGGACAGUUUUCUAGAGAUCGAAGAGAAAGCACGUUUUCUGGAGGUCGAAGACAAAGCACUGAAGAUCGACACCAGAAGGUUCGACAAGUAAGAGAGGGUGAUGUUGUUGCCUUGCCUUCAGGAGUUGCUGAUUGGUUUUAUAACAAUGGUGAUUCCCCUCUUGUUCUUAUCCAACUUCUCGACACAAGCAAUCUUGCUAACCAGCUUGAUCAAGAUUUCAGGAAAUUCUUCCUGGCUGGUAACCCACAACAAGAAUUACAAAGCCAAAGAAGGUUCUCCCAGAGAGGCCAAUGUGGGGGGCAAUAUGAAGGCCCAAGGCGGAGAUCCCCGCAAAAAAGAAAUCACAAUGUCUUCAAUGGAUUCGAUGAGCGACUCCUUGCAGAAGCUUUCAACAUUGACACAAGACUUGCAAGACGAAUGAAGAACGAAAAUGACGAUAGAGGCAUCAUUGUCCUAGCACAGCGUGAGUUUCAGAUGGUAAGUCCACCACAGAGUCGAGAGGAAGAAGAAUUUGAAUCCCAAGGGAGUCAAGAUGGAGCUGGAUGCAAUGGUGUAGAGGAAACUUUCUGCACUGCCAGGUUGAAGCACAACAUCAAUGACCCAAAACGUGCCGAUGUCUUUAAUCCACAAGCAGGACGUCUCACCACAGUUAACAGUCUCAAUCUCCCCAUCCUUCGAUACGUUCAGCUUAGUGCUGAGAGAGGCGUUCUUUAUCCUAAUGCUUUGAUGUCACCACAUUGGAACAUCAAUGCCCACAGCAUAUUGUACAUCACUAGGGGAAAUGGAAGGAUUCAGAUUGUUGGAGACAACGGCCAGACAGUAUUUGAUGGACAGGUUCGGGAGGGUCAAGUAGUGACAGCUCCACAAAACUUUGCAGUUGUGAAGAAGGCAGGAAGGCAAGGACUGGAGUGGGUAUCAUUUAAAACCAACGACAAUGCACAAAUUAGUCAGUUGGCAGGGCGUUUCUCUGCCAUCCGGUCCUUGCCAGAGGAAGUACUAGCAAACUCAUUUCAGAUCUCGAAGGAAGAUGCUAGGAGGCUAAAGAACAACAGGGAGGAAGUAAGUGUUUUCAGUCCUUCAUCACGAUAUGGAAGGGAUUAA